AUAAACAAAAAUGGCGGCGGCGCCUGGUUUAGAAGAACCAAAUACAAUGGAAUCAGAUGAUCUACCUGCUCAAGAAACUUCUGGAAAUAAGCCCUAUGACAAACCAAUUUGUUUAAUAGUUUUAGGUAUGGCUGGGUCAGGGAAGACUGCCUUUGUUCAAAGACUUACAUCUUUUCUCCAUUCAAAAAAAACACCACCUUAUGUCAUAAAUUUGGAUCCCGCUGUCAAAGAAGUUCCAUUUCCAGCAAAUAUUGAUAUAAGAGAUACAGUUAAAUAUAAAGAAGUUAUGAAACAAUAUGGUCUUGGACCCAACGGAGGGAUUGUUACGUCAUUGAACCUAUUUUCAAUGGCAUUUGAUCAAGUCUUAUCAAUUAUUGAAAAAAGAUGUAACCCUAAAGACAAAAGUGCUCCAAAAUAUGUUGUGAUAGAUACUCCUGGUCAAAUCGAAGUUUUUACCUGGUCUGCCUCGGGAACAAUUAUCAGCGAAAGCAUUGCAGCUUCUAUGGCCACAGCAAUUGUAUAUAUUGUAGAUACAGCUCGAAACGUAAAUCCUGUGACAUUUAUGUCAAAUAUGCUGUACGCCUGUAGUAUUCUUUAUAAAAUGAAAUUACCUUUUAUAAUCGUUUUCAAUAAGGCUGAUAUAAUCAACCCUAGUUUCGCUUUUGAGUGGAUGAAGGACUUUGAGACUUUUCAGGAAGCCUUAAAUGAUGACACUUCUUACGUUUCAAAUCUUACUCGGUCAAUGAGCCUUGUUUUAGAUGAAUUUUACAGUCAUCUAUCCCCCGUAGCAGUUUCUUCUCUAACCGGAACAGGAUUAAACGACUUCUUAGCUGCCGCCAAUAAAUGUGGAUUCGAAUAUGAGAGAGAAUUUUUACCAAUGUAUGAAAAAAUGAAGGAAAAGAGAGAAUCUGCUAGGAAAAAAGAGAAUAUGGAUAGAGUAAAGAAUGAUAUUUCAGAUGACAUAGAAGCUACUAUGGCCAACGUCCGAACAGUUACCUUAGCUCCAAAUAAUGAUGACGAAGAUGACAGUGAGGCAGAAAUCGAAAAUGCCGAUGCUGAUGAAAGAAAAGAAGGGAAAUCAUUUGAAAGAUUUGUAAAGGCAAAACCUUCGGUUAACUGA